GCGCGGGUGGGGGGGGGCAGAUUCGGGUCCGUGUCGCUGGCGCGUCCUCCGCCUGUCGCGACAUCAGGGCGGCGAUAAUGGUGGAUUACCACAGCACGGGGCAGCCCCACCCGUACGGCGGGAACGGGCCCGGCCCCAAUGGAGACUACAUGGCCCAAGAGGACGAUUGGGAUCGGGAUCUACUCCUGGACCCCGCCUGGGAGAAGCAGCAGCGCAAGACGUUCACGGCCUGGUGCAACUCCCACCUGCGCAAGGCGGGCACGCAGAUCGAGAACAUCGACGAGGAUUUCCGGGAUGGGCUCAAACUGAUGCUGCUGCUCGAGGUCAUCUCAGGGGAGCGGCUCCCGAAGCCCGAGCGGGGCAAGAUGAGGGUGCACAAGAUCAACAACGUCAACAAGGCCCUGGACUUCAUCGCCAGCAAAGGCGUCAAGCUCGUCUCCAUCGGCGCCGAGGAGAUCGUGGACGGGAACGCCAAGAUGACGCUGGGCAUGAUCUGGACGAUCAUCCUGCGCUUCGCCAUCCAGGACAUCUCCGUGGAAGAGACCUCGGCCAAGGAGGGGCUGCUGCUCUGGUGCCAGCGGAAAACGGCUCCGUACAAGAACGUCAACGUGCAGAACUUCCACAUCAGCUGGAAGGACGGGCUGGCCUUCAACGCCCUCAUCCACCGGCCGCCCGAGCUGAUCGAGUACGACAAACUGCGCAAGGAUGAUCCUGUCACCAACCUCAACAACGCCUUCGAGGUGGCUGAGAAGUACCUGGACAUCCCCAAGAUGCUGGAUGCCGAGGACAUCGUGAACACGGCGCGGCCGGACGAGAAGGCCAUCAUGACCUACGUGUCCAGCUUCUACCACGCCUUCUCCGGGGCCCAGAAGGCGGAGACGGCGGCCAACCGGAUCUGCAAAGUUCUGGCCGUGAACCAGGAGAACGAGCAGCUCAUGGAGGACUACGAGCGCCUGGCCUCGGAUCUCCUGGCGUGGAUCCAGAGGACCAUCCCCUGGCUGGAGACCCGGACCCCCCAGAAGACCAUCCCGGCCAUGCAGCAGAAGCUGGAGGAUUUCCGCGAGUACCGGCGCGUGCACAAACCGCCCAAGGUGCAGGAGAAAUGUCAGCUGGAGAUCAACUUCAACACCCUGCAGACCAAACUGCGCCUCAGCGGCCGGCCCGCCUUCAUGCCCUCCGAGGGCAGGAUGGACAUCGGGGCGGGCUGGCAGCGCCUGGAGCAGGCCGAGAAGGGACACGAGGAGUGGCUGCUGACGGAGCUGCGGCGCCUGGAGCGCCUCGAUCACCUGGCCGAGAAAUUCCGGCAGAAAGCCUCGAUCCACGAGGGGUGGACGGAAGGUAAGGAGGUGGCCCUGCGGGACCGGGACUCGGGCACGGCCUCCCUGGCCCAGGUGCGGGCGCUGCUCCGCAAGCACGAGGCCUUCGAGUCGGACCUGGCGGCGCACCAGGACCGCGUGGAGCAGAUCGCCGCCAUCGCCCAGGAGCUCAACGAGCUGGAUUACUACGACUCCCCGAGCGUCAACGCGCGCUGCCAGAAGAUCUGUGACCAGUGGGACCUGCUGGGCUCGCUGACCCACAGCCGCCGGGAGGCCCUCGAGAAAAUGGAGAAGCAGCUGGAGACCAUCGACGAGCUGCACCUGGAGUACGCCAAGCGCGCGGCGCCGUUCAACAACUGGAUGGAGAGCGCCAUGGAGGACCUGCAGGACAUGUUCAUCGUGCACACCAUCGAGGAGAUCCAGGGCCUGAUCACAGCCCACGAGCAGUUCAAGUCCACGCUGGGGGACGCUGACCGGGAGCGCGAGGCCAUCCUGGGCAUCCAGGGCGAGGCGCAGCGCCUGGCGGAGCUGCACGGGCUGCAGCUGCCCGCGGGCAACCCCUACACCUCGGUCACGGCCCAGGUCAUCAACUCCAAGUGGGAGCGGGUGCAGCAGUUGGUGCCCAAGCGGGACCAGGCGCUGAGGAGGAGCAGAAACCGGCAGAACUCCAACGAGCACCUGAGGAGACAAUUCGGGAGCCAGGCCAACCGCGUGGGACCCUGGAUCCAGACCAAGAUGGAGGAGAUCGGGCGCAUCUCCAUCGAGAUGAACGGCACCCUGGAGGACCAGCUGAACCACCUGAAGGAGUACGAGCAGAACAUCGUGGAGUACAAGCCCAACCUGGAGCUGCUGGAGCAGCAGCACCAGCUGGUGCAGGAGGCGCUCAUCUUCGACAACCAGCACUCCAACUACACCAUGGAGCACCUGCGCGUGGGCUGGGAGCAGCUGCUGACCACGAUCGCCCGGACCAUCAACGAGGUGGAGAACCAGAUCCUGACCCGCGACGCCAAGGGCAUCAGCCAGGAGCAGAUGCAGGAGUUCCGCGCCUCCUUCAACCACUUCGACAAGGACCACGGCGGCGCCCUGGGCCUAGAGUUCAAGGCCUGUUUGAUCAGCCUGGGCUACGACGUGGAGAGACGACCGCAGGGCGACGCCGAGUAGCGCAUCAUGGCCGUGGUGGAUCCAAGCAGCGGCAGCGUCACCUUCCAGGCCUUCAUCGACUUCAUGUCCCGCGAGACCACGGACACGGACACGGCCGAGCAGGUCAUCAACAGCUUCCGCGUGCUGGCCGGAGACAAGGUGGGCACAGGGGGCUUUGGGGGGGCUGGGGAACGGGGGAAACGGGCUGCGGCGGAGCUGCCGGCGCGGCAGGCCGAGUACUGCAUCGCGCGCAUGGCGCCCUACGCCGGCCCCGACGCCGUGCCCGCGGCGCUGGACUACAAAUCCUUCAGCACCGCGCUCUACGGCGAGAGCGACCUCUGAGCGGAU